UGCUCUGUUGAAGACUGCAGCUUCACUGCUCAUGAGAAGCUGGUCAACAUUCACUGGAAAAAUAACCAUGCUCCAGGAGCAAAGAGAAUCAAGCUGGACACUCCAGAGGAGAUUUGUAAAUGGAGAGAGGAGCGACGCAGGAACUACCCAACCCUGGUGAACGUGGAGAAGAGGAGGAAAGUGAAGGAUGACAGGGAGGAGACUGGAGCGGUGCUGGAAACUGCUCAGUUUGGGAGGAUGAGGGGCAGAGGUCGUGGACAGCGUGGUGGAAGGUUCCAGAGGGGCAGAUGGGCCAGACCAGGUCCUCAUCAGUCAGAGAGACCACCACACCCCACUCAAACCCCCAAGGAGAGGCCUCCACCCCUCACUCAGUACCCCAGGGAGGGAGACCCCCUGGGGGCUCUUGCCAACAGCGACCCAGACUCUGAUACAGAGGAGCCAGUCAGUGGAGGAGGGGUGACUGUGGCCCCUAAACAAAUGACAUCAGGGCUGGGAUCUCUGAUGGCCAGCUACGGCUCCAUGAGCGACAGCGACAGCGACCUGGAACCACAAGUCCUGCCCAUCCAGAGGACCAGUCAGCUGCUGAAGGAGAACCAGGCAAUGCUGAAGGCUCUGCCAGCCAAGCCCCAGAACAGUGCUUCAUCUGGGGCUAAGAGACCCUACCCUGAGCCCCCCCGGGAACCACAGCCUGGGUCUGGUCCUCAUAGACCUGGUCGGGGGAGAGGAAGAGGAGGGAGAGGAGCGAGAGGAGGACGAAACAACAUGGACACCCCCCAACAGUGCCGCGCCACUCUGCUUGAGAUGUUACUGGCCCCAGAUAUCCGCCAUGAGAGGAACGUGCUUCUGCAGUGUGUUCGCUACAUUGUCCGAAACAACUUCUUUGUCCUGGAGGGUCAAACUCAGGACCAGGAUGGAACUCGGGGCAGAACAGUGACCACAGGUGACCUUGACCCCCAGACACAGGAAGUAAGAGCAGAUGAUUUGAGGGCUCUACUCCCAGCUACCUCUGUGGUUGGUCCAGAUGAAAAAGAUGACCAGGUGAGGUCAUCACUCGAAGGUACCCAGAAACCACCAGUCUGUCAGGGACCUUCAGAGGUGGACAUUUUGAAUGGUGAAGAUGUCCAUCCUGAGGAGAUGCCAGGUGCGGCCUCAAACCCUGAUGUCAUAACUCAGCUGAACUCUAACCCUGAGGUCCUGGGGACUGUGGCUGAGCAGCCUGUAACCCAACAAGUGGGAGAAGACCAGAGCAUGGAGGCGAACACACACAGUGGACCAGCCUGCUCACAGUCACAACACCUCCAGGGAACCCCAAUGGACUUGGCUGUGAAUGCAAAUGAUGGAGAUGGUUACCCUGGAGACCACUCCCAGACCUCCAUCCCCAACUACGAUGAUGAGGUCUGGGAGACCCAAGACCCCUGAAGUCGCCCAAGACUGGUUCCCCAACCCUCCAAUCAGGACUGGUUCCCCAACCCUCCAAUCAGGACUGGUUCCCCAACCCUCCAAUCAGGACUGGUUCCCCAACCCUCCAAUCAGGACUGGUUCCCCAACCCUCCAAUCAGGACUGGUUCCCCAACCCUCCAAUCAGGACUGGUUCCCCAACCCUCCAAUCAGGACUGGCUCCCCAACCCUCCAAUCACGACUGUCACCCCUAAAGCAGAUUUAUGCUUGAUCCAGAAAUGACUUCCGGAGGCUUGCAGAGGUCAAAUCUAGCUCCGUACCGCAUCACCGUGCGCCUCACAAAUUUUGUAACCAUGCGGAGCUCUGUAUAGCUCCGUUUUGACAUGAUUGGAUGACUGUAGUUGGGGGCGGGACUUCCUGUAUAAAUGCAAAAUCACUUCGUUCACAACAGCUCUGAAGCGUGAAUGCCCUGACUUCUGUAGAGGCCGUAUCGCAGUAGUUGCAGUACGGCCAUAUUGGAUUGACCAUGCAGAGCCUUUAACCCUUAAAUCAAGACUGUCCCCUUGACCUUUCACCUUGUCUCUGAUGUUGGUGAGUUAUUUCCCUACAGUUGUUUAUGUUUUCAUCUAAACAUCAACUACCUCUGGCAUUUUAUUUGUACUUUUUUCAACAUGGAAAUAAAUGACUUGUUCUACUGUGGAAAUAUAACCCAGGAAAUCGA